UCAAAGCUUAAUACAUGUAGACUAAAAUGUAAGAAUGUUACAGACAGGCUAUAGUCAGGUAUAUCAGGUUAUCAAUCAAGAAAUGUUUAUAUUGUCGGUCAGUUAUUCACGCAAUAGUUUAACACUUUACUCUAUGUAGCAUACUUUCAUUGUUUAGGCAGUAGUAUAACAAGAGGCUUUCUAUGUUUUUUUUUAUCAUUCAGUUCCUGGGUUGCUUUGAUAUGUGCUGGAUAAAGUUACCUUUAAAAUCCUAAAUUACUGGACUACUAGACUAAUAUUUGCGUUUGCCUGCCGCGCGUCGCAGUGACCGAGGGGGUGUGACUUGAAUGGAGUUGUUUCCUACCGUCUUCAUAUCGGCGCAUUAUAUAUGUGGUUCGGGCUCAGAGUGUAUAAGAGAAUGACUCUACAAUGGACAGCGGUGGCUCUUUUCCUCUACGCUGAGAUAGCGUUCAUUCUCAUCCUCUGCCUGCCCCUCCUAUCAGCCCAGAGAUGGCAGAAAAUAUUUAAGUGGAACAUAUGGAGCGUGAUGUCACCUUAUUGGAACAGAUUCUUUUUUGCCAUGAUAUUGAUCCUCAUAGUUCUUUUUCUUGAUGCCUUGAGAGAAGUCAGGAAGUAUUCAGCCGAGGAGGCGUCAACAGAUUCCCAGCUGCACCCCAACUUCUCAGACCAUGUGCACAUGAUGCUCUUUAGGGCCCAGAGGAAUCUCUAUAUCUCUGGAUUCUCCCUCUUUCACUGGCUCAUCAUGCGGCGCAUCAUCACCUUGAUUCACCAGGUGGCGCUAGCUGAGGGCACCGGAGCUGCACUGCAGGCCCAGGCAGAAGGUGCCAACCAGGCUGCCAAGAAAUACAUGGAGGAAAACCAGAAACUGAAAGACUCCCUGCAGGAACAGGAGAGUGCAAAGUCCGUGAGAGCCCAGCUGAUGAGACAGGAAGUGGAGAGCGCAACGAAAGACCUCAAAGCUGCUGAUGACGCAUUGCGGAGGUCUCGCACUGAAGUGGAGGCAGUGAAGAAACAAGCUCAGGGCCUCACUAGAGAGUAUGAUCGACUGUUGAAGGAACAUCAGAUACUGCAGAAUCUUUACAAUGGAUCCGAAGACAAAAAAGAUCAAUAGGCCAGAAACCCUAGUGAACCACAAAUGUUGGGAAGUUAUUCUUAAUUUUUGUUACAACCCAAUUUUUCUUUCAGUGAGUAUACUAUCUUCUUACACAUUAACGGUUAGCAUGGGAAACACUUGAAUGUAGACCACAUCCCAUUCUGGGUGCCAUUUGUAUCAUCAGACAUUUUGCGAUAUUCUAAUCUAAACGCUUCUGUGUGUGGUUAUAUAUUAAAUCACCUAUAAUAUAGGUGAUAUAUGAUAUACCUCCUCUCUGUACGAAUCAUUGUGAUGUUUGAUUCUUAUUCUGUGGCAGCCCCAUAGCCCUUAUCAGAGUAAUUGUCAUUAUGCUUCACCAAGUGAAUAAUGCUUUCAAAUCAAUGACUGUACUGAAGUGUAAUUAAAACAGAAAUUGUUUGUUCAGUGUAGUUGUCCAGAAGCAGUUGUCCAAUGUUCAAUGGCGCAAACAGCAAUGCCUGUUUGCAUUAAGCUGUAAACAACUUGCAUAUGGCACGCAUUCAGAGCCUGUGAGUCCUGCCAUGUCCUGUCAGUGUACAGGAACUAGCAGCACUGAGAUGAUGUUAUAUAGGGAAUGAAAGAACUGCAAGAACAGGGUAACUCCUUUUGCAAGACUGUAUUGUAUUAAAAAUGGAAUUUCAACUAGGCAUAACGGUGGUUCAACAUACUGUAAAAUCAAGUAAAUGAAUACAAAAAUUACUGCAAUGGGCCGAUAAAAAAAAAAACAAUGGCGUUUUCAUACACAGUGCAUGAAGAACACAAAGACAAUCCUGUAGCCUUUUACAGAAGUGUACAUCUGCAAAACACAGAGAAAAUAAAAACAACAAGGAACAGAGAGAGAAAACAACAUACAUUAAAAUGCCCUGUAAAG